GGGGGUUGGAGGGCAGUGAAAGAGAGAGAGGUGGCAACAGAUGGAGAGCUGCAUAGCCUGAAACACUGAGACCAGGGACAGGCAGAAUGUACGUCUGCCUGCGUCUGCGUGCGGUCAAACUGUCACCCAAGAGGGACUGAGUGUGGGAUAAUAACUGUGAAGCGUCUUUCAUGUCCUCUGGAUUGGAUGCUGAGAGCAGUAAUCCUCUUGGGACGGGGAAAAUAGAGAAAAAAAGAGGCUGGGUACGGGGCAGAGCUCACGAGGAAGAAGAGGGAACUCUUCGGUGUGAUUUAAGGGCAGGAGUGUAAGGGUUGACAGCUGUUGAGGCGCAGACAGAGGGACUGUCUAUGGUGAAGAUGAGUCUGGACGCCAUACAGGUGAUGAGCGGACAGGUGAAGGAGCUCAAAGUUUCCCCUUCGUCCAAUGGAGACACCAGAGGCUCCUGGGAGGGGAAAGAGGAGUUCGACCCCAACCAGCUGGAGCUGACCGCCAAGCCGAAGCCGGUGACAGGCAGACGGGCCCGGAAGGUGGAGGGAGCCGUGUUCUUCCCAAAGCCAGAGAACGCCGUGACGGUGGCCGUCUCUUCCCGGGUCUUGUUUCGGACCGAGCGGGAGCAGAAGGUGUUCGAGCAGAAAGGAGUGGAGGAAUACCUGAGAUACCAAAUCGAGCACGAGAAUGAGCCCUUCGCGCCGGGACCCGCUUUUCCUUUUGUCAAGGCUCUGGACGCGGUCAACACUCGCCUGAGGGAGCUGUACCCCCAGAGUGAAGAACUGUUCGACAUCGUCUUGGUGACGUACAAUCACGCUCAUGUCGGGAUCCGGCUCAUCAACACCAUCAAUCACCACAACUUAUUUAUUGAGAGGUUCUGUAUGACCGGAGGAAGCAGUCCGAUUGGCUACCUGAAGGCCUGGCACACCAACCUCUACCUGUCUGCAGAUGCUGAGAAAGUCAGGGAGGCGCUGGCUGAAGGCAUCGCAGCAGCAACCAUGUUCAUGCCAGAGAAGCUGACCGAGGUGUCGGAGUCUCAGCUGAGAGUGGCGUUCGAUGGCGACGCCGUCCUGUUCUCUGACGAGUCUGAGCGCAUCUUCAAGACCCACGGCCUGGACAAGUUCUUCGAGCACGAGAAGGAAAACGAGGACAGACUCCUGGAUCACGGUCCCCUGAAGGGUUUCCUGGAGGCUCUGGGGAAGCUGCAGAAGAAAUUCUACGCCAAAGGCCAACGCCUGGACUGUCCCAUCCGCACAUACCUGGUCACGGCUCGGAGCGCGGCCAGCUCAGGGAUCCGGGCGCUGAAGACGCUCAGGGCCUGGGGGCUGGAGAUCGACGAGGCGCUGUUCCUCGCCGGCGCCCCCAAGGGCCCGAUGCUGGAGAAGAUCCGGCCACACAUCUACUUCGACGACCAGAUGUUUCAUGUGGAGGGCGCGGCGGAGAUGGGCACCGUCGCCGCGCACGUUCCUUAUGGGAUUGCACAGAAAUAUAACAGCCAGCAGAAGAUGAGCUCAGGAAAGUAAAAAAAAAAAAAAAAAAAAAAAACUCGACAGCAACAAAGGGGGGGGGGAGGAUCCUGGAGUGGAAGAGAAGCUUAACUUAUACUGUUAAAUGUUCGCAAAAUGCACUAAGGUCAAGGAGAGGUCUGGAACCCGAGAUGACCUGGAAGAAAACAUGACUGUCCCCUGUAAAACCCAACGCCUUAGUGAGUCGUCUGCUGGGGAGAUUUAGGAAAUAUUGCCCUGCAUAAGACAGCAAGUGUUUCAUUGCCACUAUAAAUGCACUAUUAUUCACUCUCCUCCUUGACUUCCUAAGAAAACAAAACCCCGUCUCUACAAACAUGCAAAGCAUCACUGUAAGUAAACCCUUACACCGAAUGUUAUUGAGCUACAAGCACAAAGCAGAGACUGUUAGAUUACAUACAGGGUAAAUAUAUAACAGAGAUAUACUGUAGCAAAUUAGUAGUAAUAUAGAAUGCUGGAAAUCAUUUAGUAAUUUUGAUUUCAGAGAAAUGUAAAAUGUAUAUAUAUAUUUGUAAACUACUGUACAAUGACAUGUUGGGACAACUGUAGAUAGAAAAGAACCCCCAAAAAACAAGUAGUACAUUUUCACCAAAAAACAGAAUGUGAUUCUUGAGAUCAAUCUCAAAAUCCGAUCUCCUUGAAAGUCAAAAAAAUCGCCAGAAAAAGCUGAGAAAUGUUGAGGUUAAGCGCAGACAUUUUCUGGGUAAAGCAAAAAAAUUAGCUCGCAACAUUUUCUCAGAAAUCUUUGAG